GAUGGCAGGGCCUAUUUUUAACAUUCCCCUCCUCACCUGGCACAUCAGCUUUAAUUUUUUCUUCGCUGUGAGAGCUCAACAGAUGGAAUAAAUAACAACAAACAAAACAGAUGUCACCUUCAGCACUACAGCUAAGCAAAUAAAAUGACUCAAGAAGAAUCUAGCUGAAGUCAUUCCUGGUAAGGAGCAGCACAGCUGCCCAGUGCUUCGUGUGGAGAGUGGGUUUCCCAAGUGAUGCUAAGUCCUCCCCUAUUGCUGCCUCCAGGUGAAGGGAGGUGAACUUCCCUGCAGUUAGGAAACACCAAGCAUGGAACGCAGCCAGUUGGAACAUACCAGGGGAAUGGCCAGCAUUCAACCCUUUGGGUGAAACAGGCAUGGUACAGAGCACAAGAAGCAAAGUGAGUUCCCUUGCUGUGUCUGGCCAUUGUGUCCGUGGGAGAUCUGGAAGGCAGUCCAGAGAAAACACACUUCGUGGAAGGAAUGAGGAGAAGCACAUGGCUGGAGAAUGCCCAGGAAGCAGAGUGUGUCCCUUCAGGAACAGAUGGGACUAGCUUGCGUGCAGAAAUGUGCCUGCUGUUGUUUGUUCCCUGCUGUAUUGCAGGAAUAAAUGACUCUUGUGCCACUUCAUAAAUAAACAGGAUUAUACUGGAGAUAGUGGCUCCCUUUUUCAUUUCCUCCUUUCCAAAACAUCAUAAGGAAGCUAGGAUUUUGCAUAAUUAAUAAACCUUUCGGCAAUUAGGCCUGAAAAGACCCUUUGUAUCUCAAAGCAGGGCAGUGAGAGAUGUGCAGCUGAAGAUUCAUCCAGGACCUGAGGAACCAAAUCUGUGCUCAUGGAAGUGAGACACAGGCUGUGACCCUCAGGCUGAUUUCUCAAUUUCACCUUGCCUUGCUGUUCUUCAGGGUGUGUCAAUGGUAAGGACAGAACAAGGUGUUCUUUGGCUGUGAGGGUUUGUGCUCUUAGUAUGGAUGCUGCACCUUACUUGUGAGCUGCGCUCAAGUGCAGACUGGUUAGGGGAAUUUUUAUCACUAGAUGUUCAUGAGGUGAAGCUCCUGAGACUUCUGAAUGCUGGAUAGGUUUAACAAGAAGAGCCGUAGAAAAAUAAUGAAGUGGUAAGUGAAUCAACUAAUAAUUGUAAUAGCUAGGAGAACUGCAUAACAAAUGUGGAUGGUGCCGAGCUGUUUUUAAAACUCCUUACUUGUUUCAUAAGGCUUCCUUUUUGCUGGUAUUUGAAAUCAAUACCAAUUUUCUCACACCUCUCUUCAAUCCACUUGAGUCUUCAAGCCUACACUUCAGCGCUGAUUACGUGUGGCAGACUGCAAAUGGUCUCAGGAUGUCUCACUUUGUACAAACAGUAUUUGACAGUCCUGAGCCUGAGGAGGGAAGGUACUGGGAGAACUGGGAGGCUUCCUGAACGAGCCUUCCUUCAAUUCAAGCACCACAAACACGGCUUGAGCAGUCUCUCAGCCCUUUCCUAGUGCAGAAUUUCUCUAGGAAGUAGCACCAAAUGGAAGAUAGGACUCCUGGAUUGCUUUCCUGCUGUGCUGAGCUCUGCCUUCUGGUAAGACCUGUGCACCUCCUGGAAGAAAGUUUUCUUCCUCCUGCACAAGUGAAUUCAUCUGAAAGGUGACAUAAAUGCAGAGAUAGCAGUGAUUUCUUAAAUAACAUUCAUCAAAUCAGGGAGGUAGAAUAAGUGAUCAUUACUCUGCCCUCAGCACGAGAGUACAUCAGUGUGCUCUGCAGACAAUAACAGUGGCGAGCGCAGAGAACAGAAGGUUUCUAAGCUAUAUAGUGAUUAUUAUCAAUUACUAUAAGGCAUUUUAAUCUAGAGAGAAAACGUAGAAAAUGAAUCACGGGCAGAAUAAUAAUUUCAGUUUGAAAGAGACCGUCUUGCCCUGGGAAUGUAUGGUUUGAGUGUGGCUCCUGGGUGCUGUGUGCUAAAUCACUUGUGAGGCAGAUGUAAGUGAUUGGCUGGCACAGAAAGCAGCUUCAGAAGCCACACUGUAAACAGAGCAGUGCUGCGAGGCUCUGAGGAAGGCACUGCGUGCAUUGGAGCACUGUGACAGCGGGGAGCAGAGAGCACUGAGACCACACACUGCUCCCAUCUCUGCUUCCAUCUCUGCCUGCUGUGGGCAAGGACUCCAUCAAGGCAGAGGGGAGGGCAGCUCUGCUUCAUUAUCAUCCCCGGGCACUUUGUUUGGAUGAGAGUUGAGAAGGAAUAUUUCCAUGGGUACGGGAUGAGAAGCACGGAAAGGUGAUUUAAAGUCGACGACCUGUCUGGAGGUGCUGGUGUUGCUGGCAAACAGCAGUGCUAAGAGUUGGAGGAGGAAGAUGAAGCCAGGUGCCCUCCUGAACUGAGCUACCUAUCAAAGCUGAGAGCAACUGGUGGGGACCUCUUGGAGUCGGACUCCUGGAAAGAACAACGGGAAUUCAGGGGUGCCAUGGAUUCAGAAGCAGAACUAUAGCUGUUGCCAAGCUGCCUUAAAACUGGGAUCAGGACACUACUGGAAAACAACCUAAGAAGGAACAAUUUGUCCUGGGAAAGCAGGUGGCCAAAAGAUCAUUCCUUCCUUGCUCCAUUACGCUCUCUGGCUGUGUUCUUGUCCAUAUGUGCAAGGGCUAGGAAAAGCCUAGGCAAUCUGUGGCCAAAACAAAAGAAACCACUUUGAAAAAGGUUUGGGUUUGAUCAGCAGCAUUCUUGCAACAUGGCUGACCAGGAGACCGAGGACUUAGCAGCAGAAAGCCUCUUGGCCAAGUCUAAGAUGCAUCCCAGUCUCCCACCGUAUGACAUGGAUGACCAGCUCCUUCCCCGGGAGCCACGGAGCACCUGCGGCUGCUGGGCAUGGGCUCUGCUGAUAGCCACCAUGAACCUCUUAGUCUUUUUCAUCAACUUGCUCCUGAUGCUUGUUAUCUUCACCAUCGUGUUGCUUCCCACCAUUGUGGUCGUCUACUUUGGCUUCCAGUGCCACUCUCGGGUGCUGCACUCCACUGCCCGCUACUGCAGAACCAUCCUGGAUGACAACAGCUCCUCGGCCCUCAUCAUCCUGGGCUUCGUCAUCAUGUCACCCCUCAUCGUGGUGGCCAUGGCCACCUACUGCAGCCUGGCCAGGCGCCUUCGCCUCCUCAUGUGCUUCCAGCCGUGCAGCCGGGCCCUGUACAAGGGUGUGAAGUGGCGCUGGUAUGAGGAGGGCGGUCUGUGCGGCUGUGCCAGGGGCUGCAGCCCCCAUGUCAAGGCCUGGGUCUGAGCC